GUGGGCGCCGCCUGAACAGCCCGCAUGGCGGCCGCGCUGCUGCUGUGCCUGUUCUUCGCGAGCAGCGCCGCCGAGGAGCCGCAGCUGUCGCGAUGUCCCGAUCCGUGCCGAUGCACGGGACUCACGCUGGACUGCAGCCACCGAGGGCUGCGCGUAGUACCGCGCCCGCUGCCCCAGGACGCCCGCAGGCUGGACCUGGAAGGCAACAACAUCAGCGUGAUUGGCAAGGAUGACUUCCGAGGGAUGAACAAGCUUCGGAUCUUGCAUCUGAUGGAGAACGAGAUACACACGGUGCAUCGGGGGGCCUUCGCCGACCUCACGUCCAUGGAGCGGCUGCGCCUGAAUAACAACAAGCUGAGAAGCCUGCCGGAGACGCUCUUCGCGACGAUGGUCAACCUACAGCGCCUAGACCUCAGCCACAACAAGCUUGCUGCACUGGGAGAUAAGAUGCUCCGGACUGCCACGCUACUCAAGAAUCUCCAGGUGGACAACAACGAGAUCUCCUGCAUUGACGAGUCAGCUCUGCGUGGUCUGAGGAACAUGGAAAUCCUGACGCUUAACCGGAACAACCUGACGACGUUGGGGAAGGAUUUGUUCGAGAAUAUGAAGAAACUGCGUGUUGUGCGGCUGUCGGAAAACCCACUGUCGUGCGACUGCCGCUUGUCCUGGCUGGCAUCUUGGUUGCGGCGUCACCCACGGCUGGGCCUCUUCACUCGCUGCAGCAUGCCGGCUGCUCUCAAAGGCAAGGCGGUCGCGGAACUUCACGACGACGACAUGAUCUGUGACCUCGGCUCUGGACUUCCGCGACCUGCCACCGGGAGCUGCCAGCGCGCCAUCUCGUGCCCGUUUCCGUGCAGCUGCGUGGACGGCGUGGUCGACUGCCGCGACAAAGGUCUCACGGCGCUGCCUCAGCACAUACCCGAAACGACUACUGAGCUGCGGCUCGAGCAGAACCAGAUCACGGAAAUACCUUCACAAGCCUUUGCGCACCUUAAAUGGAUACGUCGAAUUGAUCUCAGCAGCAAUGACAUAUCCAAAGUAGCUCCUGAUGCUUUUAGUGGACUCAAGUCAUUGACAUCAUUGGUCCUGUACGGGAACCGGAUAUCUGAUCUUCCUCCCGGGAUAUUUCAUGGCCUUACCUCACUCCAACUGCUGCUGCUGAACGCCAACCGGAUAUCAUGCAUAAGGAAAGACACGUUCAGAGAUCUCCGGAACCUGAAUCUUCUGUCUCUUUACGACAACAGCAUACAGUCUCUGGCCAAUGGGUCAUUCGCUCCUCUGAAUAACAUUCAAACACUGCACUUGGCACGCAACCCAUUUAUUUGUGACUGUAACCUUCGCUGGCUGGCACUGUACCUGCACCAGCACCCGGUGGAGACGAGUGGAGCACGCUGUGAGGGACCAAAGCGAAUGCACCGCCGUCGUCUCUCCAUCUUGGGCGAUACAAAGUUCAAGUGCAAAGGUUCGGAAGAGCACAGGACACGCUUGGCGGGUGACUGCGUUGUGGAUCGCGACUGUCCAGAGCAGUGCGUCUGUGAGGGCACUAUCGUUGACUGCUCGCGCAAAGGGCUUCGUGAGAUUCCUACAGACCUGCCCACCUUUACUACAGAACUGAGGCUCAAUGACAACCACAUUGUGAAGGUCCGGAAUAGUGGAAUUUUCAAGAAACUGCCCAAUUUGAACAAACUUGACUUGCGCAACAAUGCCAUCUCUGAAAUUGAAGACAAUGCGUUUCUCGGUGCUGAACAACUGGUAGACUUGCUUCUUACGGAGAACAAGCUGAAGCAAGUGCGUGCUAAGAUGUUCUCAGGCCUAAUUCGGCUGAAGACUCUGAUGCUGCGCAGCAACCUGCUGACGUUUAUUGCCAAUGACACAUUUGCAGAUUUGGAUUCUGUACGCCUCCUGUCACUGUAUGAUAACAAGAUCCGGUGCAUUGCACAGGGCUCCUUCGAGCGCAUGUCAUCCCUGGCAACCUUGAAUUUGCUAGGGAACCCACUGCACUGUAGUUGCCACCUACGCUGGCUUUCUGAGUGGCUGCGACGCAGCAACACUGUCACCGGAAGCCCACGUUGCCACUCACCAGCACAUCUCAAGGACUUGCCAUUGCAAGAUAUCGAGCCUAAGCAGCUUGUCUGCUCAGAGGAAGACCUACAUGAGGGAUGCGGCUCAGAUGAACUCUGUCCUCGAGGCUGCACAUGUGUUGGCCAUGCAGUGCACUGCUCACGACAGCGGCUACGCCAGCUGCCCAAGCACCUGCAGCCCACCACUGUUGAACUGUACCUUGAUGUGAAUGACAUAUCAGAGAUACCAAAGGAGCUGAACCUGCUGAAGGAUGUCACUAGAAUAGAUCUCAGCAACAACCAGAUAUCAAUCCUCCCAAACAAUAUCUUCUCCAACUUAUCCAAGCUUUCAACACUCAUACUAAGUUACAACAAACUUCAGUGCAUUCAAGCUGACAGCUUCUCUGGCCUAAAGUCCCUGCGAAUUCUGUCACUACAUGGCAAUGACGUGUCGAUGAUACCAGAGGGCACCUUUCGGGACCUGCAGUCUAUCACACACAUAGCCCUUGGCGCAAACCCUCUCUACUGCGACUGCAACCUUCGCUGGCUCUCGGACUGGAUCAAGAAGGACUAUAUUGAACCAGGAAUCGCACGCUGCUCUGAACCUGAAAACAUGAAAGACAAGCUGGUGCUCACAGCGUCCUCGAACCACUUCGUGUGCGCUGCCAAACCGGAACCGGAUGUGCUGGCAAAAUGCGACGCUUGCUACACAUUCCCGUGCCAGAACGGCGCCACAUGCCGCGCCGUGCCGCUGCGGGACUACGAGUGCAUGUGCCCACCUGGUUACCAUGGUCGGAAUUGUGAAUACCUUGUUGACGCUUGCUAUGGAAACCCCUGUGAGAAUCAUGGCACCUGCAAAGUACUCGAAGCAGGGCGUUUCAGCUGCCAUUGCCCAAUGGGCUUCCAAGGGGACCGGUGCGAGACCAACAUAGAUGACUGUUACAAGAACAAGUGUGAAAACAAUGCCACUUGUAUUGAUGCAAUUGGAAGCUACUCGUGCUCCUGUGCGCCUGGAUAUACUGGGAACUAUUGUGAAAAAAAGAUUAGUUUCUGCAGUAAGGAAUUCAACCCAUGCAAGAAUGGUGCCACAUGUGUUGACCACAUCACGUAUUACACGUGUGCUUGUGCACUGGGCUUCGAGGGUGUUAACUGCACCUCCAAUGUGGAUGACUGUGCGGAGCAGCCAUGCCUAAAUGGUGCCACUUGUGUGGACGGUAUCAACAGCUACCACUGCGUGUGUCCACGCGGUUUUGGGGGUACACACUGCGAGCUGGCACCUAUGGUUGCUAUGCUGUACCCACGCACCAGCCCCUGCCAGCAACAUGAUUGCAAGCACGGCGUCUGCUUCCAACCAGGAGGUGCCGGUGCCGACUAUGUGUGCAAAUGCAGCCCGGGCUUCACAGGUCACCGCUGUGAGCUGUUGUCGAGUGUGAGCUUCCGUGAGGACUCUUUCCUUGAGUUUGAACCUCUCCAGACUCGGCCACGUGCAAACAUCACUCUCAAGUUGGCCACACGGCACGAGUCUGGAGUCAUUGCCUACACUGGUGAAGGCCAGCACCUGGCUGUUGAGCUGUUCAAGGGGCGUGUACGAGUCAGCUAUGAUGCUGGCAACUACCCAGUAUCGACAAUGUUCAGCUUUGAGACUCUGCCUGACGGCGAUUACCACUCGCUCACACUUGUUGUCGAGAAGAAGAAUGUCACAAUGAUGGUGGAUGGUGGUCCCACCCGCUCCGUUGUCAACGAGGGCCCCCACGAGUACCUGGAGCUGCAUACUCCACUCUAUGUGGGUGGACUGCCUGCAGAUGUGGCAGCCAUUGCUCUGCGCCAGUGGCAUCUGCGCAAUGCCUCCAGCUUUCUUGGCUGCAUGAAGGAAUUGUACGUAAAUGACAAGCCAAUGGACCUCAUGAAUGCACGCAAGCAGCAGCGCGUUUCUCCUGGUUGCACGGAGUACGAUGACCCCAAGCCGUGCAAGAACCACCUCUGCAAACGUGGGAAAUGCAUACCAGUCGACCGAUACAACUAUGAAUGCAGCUGCCGAAGUGGUUGGAGCGGACCGUUCUGUGAUCAGGCACCAACAUGCCAAAAGGAGCAGUAUCGGGAUCACAUUGAAGAAGAUGGCUGCCGGUCACAAAAAAAGGUCAAGAUGGCCGAGUGCAUUGGCUCAUGUGGUGACCACUGUUGUCGCGCUCACAAGACCAAGCGGCGUAGCGUCAAGAUGGUGUGCCCAUUGGGCAGAACGUACACCAAGCAUGUGGAAGUGGUGCGCAAAUGUGGCUGCUCGCGUAAGUGCUGAGGGCUCGACAGACACACCUGCACUGUAUUGGGCUGCUGCCACCAGUCUCCACUCAUUAUUGUGUAUGCCAAGCUGGUGCCCCAUGCGAGCAGCUACACAACCGCCAUUUUUGUUCCUAUCAGUGUGCGCAGCACUGAUUCAUAUGGGCUCCAUGUGCUUCUGCCUGAAAAGUUUGAAUUGAACAACUGUCCUUAUGAUCAUUGUCAGACAGUCGUUCUCGCAUCAUUUUGAGUAGAUCCUGUAGAAUGGUAAUCUAUGUUUCUUUGCCUCAGUGCAUGUCUAGACGCUCUGCCAUUGUGUGAGUCUGCCACUUUGCUCCUCCAAGUAGUUCUAAGUGGAUCAUAUCCUCUAAGAAAACAAAGUGAAAAACUUUGUGACAGCAACUUUUCCAAAGCAGCAUGCUAGAAUUAAUGAGCCUCAGUUCAGGACAAUUCAUUUAUCAUUUAAAAAGGAUUGCACACAUGGUCUUUUUGUGGUCAACUAAUGACAUUUUUAAACCUGUACUUCAGAGCACCUUCUGUGAAAUGAAUGUCGAUUGUGCACUGUUGUCAGUAAAAGAAGUUAAAUAUAUAGGCUCUAGUUCACUUCUCUUUGAGUGCCUGGACUCACCUGAGGCAUGUGCUCUAAGUAUUGCAGGCCUUAAGAUACUCACUCCAGUAUUGCAUUGUAAAUUCUCUGAGGCCUCAUUGCUGUUGUAUUUUCCCAAACCAUGUUUAGUAUAGUGGCUAUCUUAACUUUAAUAACAUUUCGUACACAGGAGCAUGUUCAAGAUGGACGAACAAGAAGUGAGAAUCUAUCUGUUGACAUUUUUUAGAAACUUAAACAGGCUCCGUUCUCAUGUUGUAUUACUCAUAAAAAUAACGGCACAAUUACGUAUACUAGUAAAUACCACUCACUGCUCUGGGGACCAAAGUGGCAGUCAGUGCAAAAUGUCAACUGGCACAACUACUUUUCACAGUUCUUGGCAGCUUGUACAAUUUUUCAUUGUUGUUGUCAUGCUCCUCAUUGGUGUGCUUUGUUCCCUUUGUUUGUCAGAUUUGGUGUUGUGAUUAGCUCUAUGUGUUAUUUAUAUCUCUAAGGCUCGUGUUUGGAAAGCCAAAAUUGCUCACACGGCUGAUGUAGCACUAGUUAGCUGCUCUUUUUGUGGAAAGCUUUAAGCUGUCUUAUCACAAAAAGUGUAUAGAAUCUCAAGUUACGACCAUAUUUGGCACAGCUUGUGCUUUGACGGGUUGAGCUUUUUGUGUACUGCAAGAAUGUGUUGUCGUCCCAACUUUGUGAAACCAGGUGUUGCUCUACCAAUGUUGUUACAAUGAAUUCAUUGACUCGGCAGUGCUAAUCAUGAGCAUUAUGUGUGAAUCUAUGGAACCUAAGGUGCAUUGUCUCUGUACGUGGUGGCCUUGAAUAUUAGUUGAGAAAGUUACAGUAGCUGCAUUGUCGCAGUUUUUUACUUCCUGCUCGAACAGCUCACUGCCAAAGAAUGAAAUCGAAAGCACAAAAAAUUCAGCUAUCUGUAGCAUAGGUUUGUUUUGUACAUACAAUUCACAUGGCAUCAAGGUGAGUGCUUCAUAGCCAGAGACAAAGAAAUGGGAGCACCGUUUCUAUUCCGUAAAUUUUAGAUGGUAAAAUCUGAAAGAUACCAAAUAGCGAAGCUAACUUGCAUAGUAAGCAUAUAAACAUGGAGAAUGCCUUAAAUACCUUUAUUUUUAGUCAGAAUAUUCAAAAAACAAAAGUUUUGAGUGAACCCAAUGGCAUUGCACUGAUGUAUAUUGCUGCAGUUUGAGUGCAAAAUUCAGAAUUCUGGGGUUUAAUUUUUUCAGCUACUUAUAAAACAUUUAUUAAUAUUUUCAAGGAAACUGAAACAUGGUCUUUAAAUAAUGCUGUCUUUGUCCAAAAUUCAUUUUGUGUUGUUUUAAGUGCCUUAAGAGAACUCAUUAAAUCAGAUUUCACAGAGUGAUUGAUUAUGCAUAUGUCCCUAUAUCAAAGCUAUUUAAUGAAAAGGAAUGCAUUAUUCCAGCUGAAAAUUAAUGCCAACCUUAUUAUUUGUUAUGCAUUAGUUAGAAAUACCAGAUGAUUGGAAGUACGCUUUAUGCUUUCCUAAAAUUCAGUUCUGGGUGCUAUAUGAAGACCACAUGAGGAGAUUAUUGCUGACAGUCAACAAAUGAAUUAAGAUUGAAUAAUGAACUUUCUAGUGACUGCAGCAAGUGGCAUAUUUGUAUUGAAAUGUUGGAUGCAGAUGUGUAUCGACACAGGUUUAUUUGGUGGAAUUUUUGUGGCAUGUCCAUACUCAGGGAUAUCCGGUUGUAAAGUUUAAUUGUGGUUUAGAUGAUUAUGCAUGCAAGACAGUGAGGAAUGGCAAAAGGCUCCUCCCGAAUCUGCUGUAGAAGUUGUAUGCAGCACUCAAUCUAAAACUGGGUCUAAGGCAUAGGAAAAGAUGGUAAGAGUUGCCCUUUCAUCGACGAUAUCAAUGAAUGCUUAUUUGUCACAUCAGGGAGGAACAUUGUAUCAUCCUCACUGCUUUGUAUGUGUAAUCAUACAAACUGCUAUGAAACUUUCUACCCGGAUGUCUUGGAGCAUAGGCAUGCUACAAGAGUUUCACCUAGUCGAACUGUGGAGAAUUAAAUCUGCCUCCAACUUUGACAUACAAAUGUCCCUGCUUACUGCGGUCACUAAAACGUUUUGUUACUUAAUCCUAAUUACUUUGUUAGCUGAAACUAUUAGUUUUAUUCUCACUUUGUCUCUCCCUGGAUAUAUAAUUUAUCUGCAAAAGUGGUCCUCACUUGUUCCCCAGUGCUUAGUUUUAAUAAAGCUAUCAAUUUUCAUUUUAAUCAUCUUUUAAUAGAUCAGCAUUUAUGUAUUGUGGCUAGCUAGGGUGGAAAUUAGCUUUUCACUUAUUUUCUUGAGUAGUAAAUCUCUGCUAUAAUUGAGUGCUAAUUACUAACUAUUCAAAAGUGUAACGUACCCUUCUGCCUAAAUUGUAAUUUUUCUUUAGUGUUUAGAAACUCUCUUGUGCAUAGCCUGAAGGCAACCACAAUAUUGCUUUACCAUGUGGUUGUUAGUGCUUUUGAUGAAUUGCUAGUGGUACCAUGUGCAACCACUCCUCAGGAUUGUGCAGUUGCUUCUUUUUGUGAAAAUGCCGUCCGAAGCAUUACUUGAUUUCAUAUCAUUGCUCUCACAAGCUGUGACAUACGUUAUAUACCUCUCUGUCACUGUAUGCCUCUACAAGCGUUUUGUUUUAAGCCGCACAUUAAACUGGUGGCAUAUGUAGUAUUACCAUCAGGAGACCAUUAUUUCUAUCAAUAUGAACUACCUAAUGUUACUUGCAAAGCUAUUUCUCGAUCAGCAUAGUUAUGUUUUCUAGUAAUCAUGCACUAUUAUGCCAUGGUGUAGCCAUGCCUCAUAGUGUUAUUCACAUUAUGUGAAUGUUGCCAAUCUUUUCCAACACACUAGGCUAACGCAAGUUUGAUGUUGGACGGUGAAUUUUACAUGUUUUUCAUGGCUCUCAAGCUUCUCAUUCAUAAACACUUUUAUUUAUGAAACGUUCAAGGUGCUACUGAUUGUACUCAAGUUUCUAAAUGCGUACUGAUAACAUAGUUUUAUUUUGUUAAGUGCGAGAUAUCUGUUCCAUAUUAUCACUGAGCUUUGCACCACUCUGAAAUUUAUGAUAUUGAAUCUAUUCUCAAAAUGCUGCUAACAUUCAACUGAAUAUUGGUAAAUGGUAAAUAUUGGAAUAUUGGUAAAUGAUCAGCUUACAGUGCAUCGAAAACUAUCACCAACUAGCUCAGACUUUCCUGCUUGUCUGCAAUUCAGUUGAAAAUUUUUUAGGUUCUUGAGGGCAGCCACUACAGAGCAGAUGCUCAAAAGUUGCUUGCAUGUGAUGGUUGUUAAAUAUGGAGUCUCAGUCAGUCUGUUCAGGACAUGAACAGCAUCAAGUGUUGAGACAGCUUCACUUGUCAUGAACGUUGUAGUGUAAAAUGUCAUCACUUGUAUGGUGCACAUAAUGGUGCAUAUGCACAUUAAUGGCACUGUUUCACCAGUCAGCAAUUUUGACAAGUUUUAAACACUCAUGGCUGCUUUUAUUUAGCAUAGAAUUUCAUAUGUGGUCUUAUAGCUGUAUGGCACACAAUGUAGUAUUCAUUUCUUUGUAUAUAAAUACCACACUCAAAGAUUAUAUAUAUGAUAUAUAUAUUAUAUACAUACAUACAUAUUAUGUAUACACACAGCUAACUCACAGUGUCUACAAACAUUACAUGCACAUUGUGUACACUAAUCAGUUUAUUCCCUUUCUUGCAAAUAAACAUGUAUAUAAAAUCUUGUACAAGGGUCAAUAACAAUGUUUGUACUGUUGCCUUGGAGGAAUGGAGACUAAGAAAUUAGUAUAGUUCCUAAUUGUAUCUCUAUAUAUUAGCCAUUCAGGACCAGAGCUUUACCAGUGGUUGACUUGAUUGGCCUGUCCUGUACUUUUGUGCUUCACUUCUACACAACACGCGUCAAGGUCCUAAUGCAUUGACUGGCUAGUUGGUGUGUAUUCAUAAAAACUUUUUAGCCCAAAAACACUUAGAUGAAGGAGGAUGACAGAUCUGUUGUCAUUUUUGUGUGUGUUUUUCACGCUAGAAAAUUUUUAUGUACCUAUACUGCUAUUGAUCUUUAGAUAUUUGUAUUUCUAAGCGAGAAAAUGAUCGCUUAGUCUAUGAUUCCUUAAAAACUUAAAAUGAGACACAUAUCUUAAGCACAAGGUAGCCCCAUGUGUCACUCAUCUUGCCCAACUUUGACCACUGCAUCAUUGGGAAACAAAAAGAAAACCUCAAUGUGCUUCUGUUCAUGUUUUUAUCCUGUAUUUUAAUAAUUUUUUCAAGCUCACUGAAAUAUUCUUUUGCAAGAUUUAGGCAUUUUGGGGGAGUCAUAAUUUGGCAGUAGCAGAACUUUGUCAUGAGCUUUCCACCGGAUCUUUAUAUUGUUAUAUCAUAGAAAAACUCUGUGAAUUAUAGUAAUAUAGAAGUGUAAGUGGAGGCUUGAAGCGAUGAGAGACCACAGCACGGAGGUCUCUGGAGCAAGCAUUAGACUAGUGGACUGCAGCAUAAUUUAGAUGCAGACAGGAGACUCGGGGAACCACAUACUGGUUUUCUGUGUCACCUCUCUUUGUCCAAAUUGCGCUGCAGAUGUCCGAGUGCGUAGCACCUUGCUCAAGUCAAAGUGUUUUUACACUAGUGGACCUUUCUUCAUCUAGGCAGCAGCUGUUGGGUAGUUGAUGCCUUGAAGAAGACAGGUCUACUUGUUGAAACAUUGGCUUCAGGGACAUUACGUGUUUAAUCAUUUUUCACCACUUCUGUGAAUCAUUGCCUUGCAACCAAUUUCUCCCACAGUGACCACUCAGUUGUAAAAGCUGUCACCAUUUGCGUGCUUGAUAUCUUAAAUGUGUAUUCUUAUCAGCCACCUUGUAUGAAGUCCACAUUCUGUAAUAUGAUAAAACUUGCAGUAGAAUCUAAAUUUUGUAAUCUCCUCUGCAGCUGUACACAAUUCAUUUAAACCUGGUGCAAGCAACGCAGUGAAACCAAGUUUUAUACAUGGAUUAUACAUGGAAAAUAAUUGAUGCCAGAAGGAAGCAUGGCUUUCUAUGACAUCAUCUUCUUUUGGGACUGUGUCUUUACAGUAUGCAAUGGCUGUGCACAGUAAUUAAAUUGGUGUGAAUUCAUGUAUUAGCUUAACUGUCAUGUGCUCGAAAUGUCAAAAGUUUUAGACAAUAGUACAAAUUUUAAUACUGACCCUUUAGUUCUUAGCAUAGCAUGUGGAUUGGAGGUCCAAGAUGUAGAUAAAGCAUUUACAUCAUGGGUGAUAUACUGAAAUUGAGCUCCUGGUUUUGUACAGUGACUGUUUCUUUGUUUGCAGAGCUUGUUCCCUUACUGACUCAUUGGCAGUCAGAGUUUUUUUUUUUUUUUUUGAGGAAGUAAAACAUGAAAUUAUACAACUGA